AUGCUGUUAAAAAAAAAAAGAGAAUUCGAAAAUCAGAAAGGGAAGGAGAAUAUUUUAGUUUAAAGCUCGUCUAAUAAAAAGGGAGAAUUUUAAGUAAAGCAAAAACUUCUGUUACCAAAAGUUCUACUUUAUAAAUUAUUCCUUUUUUUAACUCCAAAAGAGAUUAAUAAAGUUAUCAGAACACUCAACCAUCAAUAUUUGUAAUUAAUAAGUCAACAAUUCUGGAAUGUAAGAUUUUAAUUGAGAUUUUAGUAUUAUAACAGAUACAAUCCUUUGUAAUUCGACGACCUAUAUUAAAAGUUCAAAUUUCUCUAAGAAAGAAGAUCGAAAGGCAAAUUAUAUCAAGUCUGUAAUAGAUUGACUGGUUAACAAUUUGUGCUUCGAGAACUUGACACAAUUAAGGCAAACGCAAAUCAUAAUGAUGGAGUGUAGACAUCAGUUCUAAGAGAGAUUUCGUAUCUGAAAUCAUUAAAAUCUCAUCUUAACAUAGCUUCAAUUGUUUAGGUUAAAAUCACCAAUCAUAUUGUAUCAAUCUUAUAUGAAUAUUACCCUUUGAAUUUAAGAGAUUAAUUGAAAUAGACAGAGUUAUCAAUUGAAUAGAUUAAGUCUCUAUUUUUGCAAAUAUGUUAAGGUGUUGAAUAUUUACAUUAGAACCAUAUAUUACAUCGGAAUUUGAAACCGGAUAAUAUUUUCAUAAAUAAUAAAGUAGUUAAAAUUUCAGAUUUUGGGAUGUCUAGAUUAGAAACCUAUCCCAUAAUUCCAUAUACACCAGAGGAUCCAAAAGAGAGAGAAAGAUCGAAUAGAGAGGUCAAAAGAUUGUGGUAUAGAGCUCCAGAAAUGCUAUUUAGAAAAUAGUAUUACAGUUGUGAAAUUGAUAGUUGGUCAUUGGGAUGUAUUUUAGCAGAAUUGGCGUUAAGGAGUCCAUUAUUUGGUGGCAAAACAGAAAUCGAAUAUUUGUUUGAGGUGUUUCAAUUUUUGGGAUCACCUGAUGAAAAUGACUGGAAUUCCAUAUCAAGUGAUGUUAAAAUUAAAUUCCCUUAGUGGAGAAAGUAUAGUUUAUAGAUUAAUGAACUAAAGAAAAAUGAAAUAAUAGACAUAGUUUAGAAUAGAAAGUAGAUCUACGAAAAAUUGAUAACUCUUAAUAAAAUUUUAGGUAAUGAUGGUAUUGAUUUAUUAUAAAAACUAUUAUGUAUUAAACCAGAAACCCGAUUAGAUAUCAUUGAGAUUGUGUAGCAUCCUUUUUUAAAUGCUUUUAGUCAAAAUACAUAGAUGUAUUAUAUAGAACCGAAGUUCAAGGAGUAUUUGGAAUUCCAAACAGAAAUCAAUCAAACUAUGCGGAGUACUUUAAUUGAUUGGUUGAUUGAUGUCUGCAUCCAUUUUGAAUUGAUGGAUGAGACAUUGCAUCUGUCAAUCAUUUACAUUGAUUUAGUUCUAUCAACAAUGAAAAUUAACAGGAAGGAUUUAUAAUUGAUUGGAGUUACUUCAUUAAAAUUAGCUGAUGUUUAUAAUGAAAGGUCUAAGGAAUAUUUCAAAUAAGAGAAUUGUAAUGCUUAUGCUUAUAUUACUGCAGAUGAAUACAAUGAAAAACAAAUAAUUGAUAUGGAAUAGCAAAUUCUCUCAAUUUUAGAUUAUAACUUAACUUACAGAACUCCAAUUUAAUUCUUAAAAAUUAUAAAUUCAAAAUUGAAAGUUUCAAAUGACUCAUAAAUGUUAUCUUACUUUUUCUGUGACUUUUUUAUUAUGGGAUAUGAAUAAUUAAUUAUUGAAAGAUAACUAUAUGCAAUUUGUUGCUUAUUGUUGGCUUUGAAUAUUAAGAAUGAAAAGAUAAAUUCAUCUUAGCAAUUUCAAUUUACUGAAAAAGAUGUAAUAGAAGCUUUUGAUAGAUUUUACAAUGUGUGGUAAUUUAUUAAGUUAUAACCACAAAUUAACUCGCUAGAAGCUUGUAUGCAGAGACAUAAACAUUUGAAUCCAAGAGACAUAUAGUUAAACAUCCCACCUUCAGAGUUUAUAACUUAAUUUUUAGGAUGA